AUGUUAGAUGACCCCAUCCCCCAAAGAACUUCCCCACCAGUGCUGCUGAGCCCCAAGCCCCAAGGCUUCGGACCCGCCACCGCCAGCUGCCCCGAGCGUAGACGCCGGCAUGUUCGCAUCCAGCCCCGCGUUCUCUCGCACCUCUUUGGCACCCACUUGCUAAUCGCAGCUCCCAGUGGCAUUUUCGGGUACAUCAACUACCUCGUCGAGAAGGACCGCAAGUUCAUUCUCGAUACCCUUCUCAAUGGCCUCGCCCGUCUCGAGUAUCGAGGAUACGAUUCUGCCGGUAUUGCCAUCGAUGGCAACAAGAAAAACGAAGUGCUCGCCUUCAAGGAGGUCGGCAAAGUUGCCAAGCUGAGGAAGCUCAUCGAGGAGCAGAACCCCGACUCCAGCAAGAUUUUCGAUUCACAUGCCGGUAUCGCCCACACCCGCUGGGCUACCCACGGCCCCCCUUCGACCGUCAACUGCCACCCUCACCGCUCGGACCCCACCUGGGAGUUCGCCAUUGUUCACAACGGUAUCAUUACCAACUACAAGGAACUCAAGACCCUUCUCGAGAGCAAGGGAUUCCGAUUCGAGACCGAAACCGAUACCGAGUGCAUUGCCAAGCUCACCAAGUACAUCUACGACCAGGACCCCAAGAUUGGCUUCACCGAUCUUGCCAAGGCCGUCAUCCAGGAGCUCGAAGGUGCCUACGGUCUGCUCAUCAAGUCUGUCCACUACCCCCACGAGGUCAUUGCCGCUCGUAAGGGUUCGCCUCUCGUCAUCGGCGUCAAGACUCAGCGUCGCAUGAAGGUCGACUUUGUCGACGUCGAGUACGCUGAUGAUAAGACUGCCCUUCCCGCCGAUACCGCCUCCCAGCACGUUGCUCUCAAGAAGAACGCUUCUAGCCUGCUCAGCCCUGGCGACAACCUCCUUGGCGCCGCUGAUAAGUCGCUGCUGCACCGCUCCCAGUCGCGUGCUUUCAUGACCGACGAUGGCAUGCCCAUGCCUGCCGAGUUCUUCCUCUCCUCCGACCCCUCCGCCAUCGUCGAGCACACCAAGAAGGUCCUCUACCUCGAGGAUGACGACAUUGCCCACAUUCACGAGGGCUCCCUCAACAUUCACCGUCUCAAAAAGGCCGAUGGCAGCUCCAACACCCGCAGCAUCCAGACCCUCGAGCUUGAGCUGCAGGAGAUUAUGAAGGGCAAGUUUGACCACUUCAUGCAAAAGGAAAUUUUCGAGCAGCCCGAGUCCGUCGUUAACACCAUGCGUGGUCGCCUCGACAUUGCCAACCAGACCGUUACUCUUGGUGGUCUUCGCGCUUACAUCAGCACCAUCCGUCGCUGCCGCAGAAUCAUUUUCAUUGCCUGUGGUACCAGCUACCACUCCUGCAUGGCUGUUCGUGGCAUUUUCGAGGAGCUGACUGAAAUCCCCAUUGCGGUCGAGCUGGCUUCUGAUUUCCUUGAUCGCCAGGCCCCCGUUUUCCGCGAUGACACCUGCGUAUUUGUCUCUCAGUCUGGCGAGACUGCCGACUCCCUCAUGGCUCUCCGCUACUGCCUGGAGCGUGGCGCCCUGACCGUCGGCAUCGUCAACGUUGUGGGUUCCUCCAUUUCCAUGCUCACCCACUGCGGUGUCCACGUCAACGCCGGUCCUGAGAUCGGCGUCGCCUCUACCAAGGCCUACACGUCACAGUUCAUUGCUAUGGUCAUGUUUGCUCUCUCGUUGAGCGAGGAUCGUGCCUCUAAGAAGGCCCGUCGCGAAGAGAUUAUGGACGGUCUUUCUAAGAUCUCUGCCCAGAUCAAGGCCAUUCUCGACCUUGACAAGCCUAUCAAGGACCUUUGCCAGAAGGUUUUCAAGAACCAGAAGUCUCUUCUUCUGCUCGGCCGUGGUAGCCAGUUCUCUACUGCUCUCGAGGGUGCACUCAAGAUCAAAGAAAUUUCCUACCUCCACUGCGAAGCCGUCAUGUCUGGUGAGCUUAAGCACGGUGUCCUUGCUCUCGUUGAUGAGAACCUGCCCAUCAUCAUGAUCAUGACCCGUGAUGACAUCUUCACCAAAUCGCUCAAUGCCUAUCAACAGGUCAUUGCUCGUGGUGGCAAGCCUAUCGUUAUUUGCAACCCGGGUGAUGAGGAGUUCAGGACGAGCGAAGCUCUCAAGAUUGAGGUUCCCAAGACCGUGGACUGCUUGCAAGGUCUCCUCAACGUUGUUCCUCUACAGCUGAUUGCCUACUGGCUGGCUGUCCUGGAGGGUCUCAACGUUGAUUUCCCCCGAAACCUUGCCAAGUCCGUCACAGUCGAGUAA